AUGGCUGAGGAUGCCGCUCCUUAUCCCGCAGCGCCGGACCCUGUGGUCCCCGCCCUGACGCGCGAGUCCACGGGACAAAGUGUCUCGGGAAGGACGUCUUCCAAUGCCAAUGGUAAUGCCUCUGUCAAUUUCCAGCUGAGCAGCGGCAGACGCCAAUCGUCGAGUGCGCGCAUAAACGAGAUACUCGAGAACGCCCGUGAGCGCGCCGAAACAAUGGCCUCCGGCAUCGCCUCCCCAAAGUCCCCCCGGGCUCCCGGAAGCCCCAUCUUCCCGCCCCGGACCAACUCGGCGGUGAACCCCAUCAUAGAGGAUAGCAGUGCCGACGAGGCCACCGGCUUCAUCGCCCACACCCCGCCGCUCAACUACAACUCCGUCACAACCACAACCACAACCACAAACAAUGCCGCUGUCACCUCGGGAGCCCGUGUGCGCAAGACGUCAACCCGCAGCACACGUCGGUCAAGGCCGGCCUCGCAGCAUCAGAGCUCCGAUGCUCACCCUCCUGCUGCCCCCGGCAUGACAUACUCACGGCAGUCCGAACCCGAGGACAAGGACCCGUCAUGGUGGCAGGUCCAAGCCGAAAAGUUCCAAUCCAUUGAGCUCGAGAACAAGGGUAGUGUUGCUCGAGAUCACCUCGCCAUUGAACGAACGUUCCUCGCCUGGCUCCGAACAUCCCUCAGCUUCGCUUCAAUUGGCAUAGCAGUAACACAACUCUUCCGACUCAACACUUCCCUCGACGGCGGCGGCGGUGGCAUCGACGCCGCAAAGAAUAUGGACACGCUGCGCCAGAUGGGCAAGCCCUUAGGCACAACGUUCCUCGGCAUUAGCAUCCUCACCCUCUUCCUCGGCUACAGGCGUUACUUUCAGUCCCAGCAUUGGGUCAUGCAGGGCAAGUUCCCGGCCAGCCGCGGCACCAUCACCAUUGUCGCCUUUGUUGCCUUUGCCAUCAUGGUGGCCUCACUCGUGGUCGUGAUUGCUAUACAUCCGUCCGAACGGGAAUUAUAG